AUGAAUAUCGAUAAAAAAACUCAAAAAUACGAUCGCCAGCUUCGCUUGUGGCAAGCAAGUGGACAAGCUGCAUUAGAAAACUCAAAGGUGUGUCUUAUUAAUGGAACUGCAACAGGAUGCGAGAUCCUUAAGGAUCUAGUCUUACCUGGUAUCGGAUCUUUUACUGUGGUCGACAAAAAAGAAGUUGAUGGCGCUGACGCUGGAACUUCUUUUUUCUUGGACGAGAAUAGAAUUGGUACAAACAGAGCUCAGGCUGUUACAGAAUUAUUACAAGAAUUAAAUGAAGAUGUGAAAGGAUUUUAUCUUGCAGAGGAUCCUAUUUCUCUUAUCGAGAAUAGGCUAGAUUAUUUCUUACAAUUCACAGUUGUGAUAGCCACUGAUAUUCCAGAAAAACCACUUCUAAAAUUAUCAGAGGCUUUAUGGAACGCUAAUAUCCCACUUUUUAUUGUACGUACUAUUGGAUUUAUUGGAUAUCUACGUGUUGUGUAUCCGGAACAUACUGUCGUAGAGACACAUCCGGAUAGUAUUAUUGAUCUUCGGCUUGAUGUGCCUUUUUCAGCCCUGGAACAAUAUGCUAAAACCUCUGACUUUGAUUCUAUGGACAAUAUGGAUCAUGGGCACAUUCCUUAUGUAGUAAUUUUGCUGAAAUAUUUGGAUCAAUGGAAAAAAGAUCAUAAUGGCCAGUUGCCAAGUACUUCUGCAGAAAAGAAACAAUUCAAACAACUUAUCGAAGGCUGUAGGCGGAAUGCCGAUGAAGAAAACUUUGCUGAAGCGUUGGCUAACGCAUGGAGAGCUUUUACUGCUACUAAAGUAUCGCAUCAAGUUCAAGAAAUAUUUAAUGAUCCAGCAUGUGAAACUAUAAAUGCAAAUUCUUCUAGUUUCUGGAUUCUUGCACGUGCUGUCCGUGAUUUCGUUGCGAAUGAAGGUCAAGGGUUAUUGCCUUUGGCUGGAAGUGUUCCUGAUAUGAAAGCCGAUACUUCUCGAUAUGUCUCAUUGCAAACCAUUUAUCGUCAAAAGGCUAAAGCAGAUAUCGCUAUAGUUCGUUCGCAUGUUAAUAAGAUUUUGAAUUCUAUCGGAAGAUCAAGUGAUUUCAUUCAUGAUGACGAAGUUGAUAGUUUUUGCAAGCAUGCAGCUUUCAUUCAGGUAAUUCGAUAUAGGUCACUGAAAGAAGAAUAUAUAAGUGAUCCAAAAAAAGCUGAUAUUGACAGAUGGUUGCAAGACCCACAAGAUAAUAUCGUUCAUUACAUUCUUAUUCGAGCAAUAGAUAGGUUUUAUGAAGCUAAUAACCGUUAUCCUGAUGCGGCCACUUUCUUCAUUGAAGGAGACUCUGAAGAAGCUACUGAAGAGUCAAAGUCCGAGUUCGAGUUAUUAAAAACUUACGUUAACAUUUUGUUAUCAGAAUGGCAGAUCACAAAUAUCCCAGAUCAUCUGGAUGAUUAUAUCCAUGAAAUAUGUCGCGCUGGAGGAUCUGAAUUAGCGAAUAUGGCUGCGUUACUUGGUGGUUUAGUGUCUCAAGAAAUAAUCAAACAUAUUACUCGACAAUAUAUCCCUCUAAAUAACACUAGUAUAUUUGACGGAGUUAAGUCAACCUCGUCGACGUAUAUAUUAUAG